AUGCCGGCCCCGGCCCCGCCGCCCCCCGCCCGGCCCGGCCAGGCCUUCACCAUCGCGGCGCUGCUGGGACGCGCCUCCCCCCCGCCCGCCCCGCUCCCGCCGCCGCCGCCGCCGCCGCCGCCCGCCGCCCCCCGGCCGCUCUGCACCGCCUGCUGCGGGGUCCCCUCCGCCUGGGCCACCCGCCUGGGGGCAACAGGCUUCCUCAUCUCCAAGUGCUGCUUCCCCAUCUUCAAAGCCAAGACCGGCAAAGCCAAGCGAGUCCGGACCAUCUUCACCAGUGACCAGCUGGCCCGACUGGAGAAGGAGUUUGCACGGCAGCAGUAUAUGGUGGGCACGGAGAGGUGCCUGCUCGCCUCUUCCCUGCGCCUCACUGAAGACCAGGUGAAAGUCUGGUUCCAAAACCGGAGGAUCAAGUGGAGGAAACAAAGCCUGGAACAGCAACAAGCCAAACUGGCCAAAAUGGGUUUGGCCACCCCGCAGAGGAGCCCCGACUCGCAGAGCCACCACGGCGAGGAGGACAAGCACUUCCCAGCGGAGUCGGAAGACGGCCAGGAGGACAUGGCCACCUCCCUGGGCUCAGGGACAGCACCGGCAGAGACUGUGACAAAGAGCUGCUGA